CCGUGCCUGCGCACCGGCGGGGAGCUGUGCCGUGGGAAGUUGACUGGGUGAGCGGGGGACGAACGGUGGGCGCCGGGGAGCCCCGCCAGGGUUCUGUGGCCGCGGAGCAGGUCGGAGCCUUUUCCGGGGAGGCAGCUGCGGAGACCGGGGCCGGCGUGCGUGCAGAAGCCGUCUGGACGUUGGUGUGACCCGCGCUGACACUCGAGGAGCCCCGGAGUGCGAACAUGGACCGGAAGAAGAGCCGGUGAACUCACGUCCAGGCGGCGCCGCCGGACCCCGGACUCGGACCCACGGAGGCAGCCACGUCUGACGCCGAGAGCGCUCCCUCGCCCGGCGACCGCUGGGUUCAGCGACCCACGUCCGGUGGAAGAGGAAAAAAUGUAGUGACCGAGUCCAGGCGAGCAAGUGUGUCUCCACAUCAUCAGCACCGCCCCGCCCAGAGGGGUCCCGGCCGCCCGCAGACACAUGGCUCCCCAGGGAGACACGUAGAGAUGGAGGCACCGAGGCGCAGAGGACCUGAGUGACUUCGCCGGUCACGGGCUGGGAGGACCAGGACCAGAGCCUAGAGAGAGCCCGACUCCGGGCCCUGCCCGCGGGGCCACGCCGCCUCCGCUCCUGGGAGAGAGAACUCCCUGCAAGAUGGAGGUGGACACGGAGGAGAAGCGCCACCGCACGCGGUCCAAAGGGGUCCGAGUGCCCGUGGAGCCGGCCAUCCAGGAGCUGUUCAGCUGCCCCACCCCCGGCUGCGACGGCAGCGGCCACGUCAGCGGCAAAUACGCGAGACACAGAAGUGUGUAUGGCUGCCCCUUGGCCAAAAAGAGGAAGACCCAGGACAAACAGCCUCAAGAGCCCGCUCCCAAGCGGAAGGCGUUCGCGGCGAAAGCCGACAGCUCCUCGGCGGACGAGCGCUACGAGAGCGACGGCACGGAGGACCUGGACGAGAAGGACGAGGACGAGGAGGAGGAGGAGUUCUCGGAGGACGAGGAGGACGAGGAGGGGGGCCGCGAGGACGAGGAGGAGCUGGAGGAGGACGAGGAGGACGAGGAGGAGGACGGAGAGGACGCAGAGGAGGAGGACGAGGAGGAGGACGAGGACGAGGAGGACGAGGAGGAGGAGGAAGAGGAGGAGGAGGAGGAGCACGAGGACCGCCAGCUGAGCUGCCACGGCGGCCGGCUGCUGCAGGACGCGGAGAAGGACGACAACAACAACGACGAGUACGACAACUACGACGAGCUGGUGGCCAAGUCGCUGCUGAACCUGGGCAAGAUCGCGGAGGACGCGGCCUACCGCGCCCGCACGGAGUCGGAGAUGAACAGCAGCACCUCCCACAGCCUGGAGGACGAGGGCGACCCCAAGAACGAGAGCCUGGGCCGCAAGGGCGAGCUGAGCCUGGACCUGGACAGCGACGUCGUCCGGGAGACGGUGGACUCGCUGAAGCUGCUGGCGCAGGGCCACGGCGUGGUGCUGGCGGAGCACGCAGGCGACCGGGGCUACGCGGACCCCCUGGCGCCGCCGGACGGCCGGGGCGCGGGCUACGCGAUGCUGGGCAAGCCGGGCCUGAACAACGGGCUGGCCGACAAGCCGGUGGAGGAGAGCGACGAGGAGGUGUGUCUGAGCAGCCUGGAGUGCCUGCGCAACCAGUGCUUCGACCUGGCCCGCAAGCUGAGCGAGGGCAGCCCGCAGGAGCGGGGCGCCCCGCAGGCCCCGGGCGCCCGCCCGCACGCGCGGCCGGAGGACGACUUCCCGGGGCGGACGCCGGACCGGAGCUACUCGGACAUGAUGAACCUGAUGCGGCUGGAGGAGCAGCUGAGCCCCAGGCCCAGGACUUUCUCGGGCUGCGCCAGGGAGGACGGGGGCCCCGAGAGGGAGGACGACGCAGCCUCCGUGGCCUCGGACAGGUCCGAGGAGGUGUUCGACAUGACCAAGGGCAACCUGACCCUCCUGGAGAAGGCCAUCGCCCUGGAGACGGAGCGGGCCAAGGCCAUGAGGGAGAAGAUGGCCCUGGAGGCCGGCCGGCGGGACAGCGCGCGGUCCUACGAGGAGCAGUCGCCGCGGCCGCUGCCCGGGGACGAGCGCAAGCCCAAGCCGGGCGACGGCCACGUCAAGAAGCCGUACUAUGGUAAAGAUCCCUCGAGAGCAGAAAAGAAAGAGAGCAAGUGUCCGACCCCAGGCUGUGACGGAACCGGCCACGUGACUGGGCUGUACCCGCAUCACCGCAGCCUGUCCGGAUGCCCGCACAAGGACAGGGUCCCCCCGGAAAUCCUGGCCAUGCACGAGAACGUCCUCAAGUGUCCCACUCCGGGCUGCACGGGGCGAGGGCACGUGAACAGCAACCGGAACUCGCACCGCAGCCUCUCCGGAUGCCCGAUCGCCGCGGCGGAGAAGCUGGCCAAGGCCCAGGAAAAGCACCAGAGCUGCGACGUGGCCAAGUCCAGCCAGGCCUCUGACCGCGUGCUCAGGCCGAUGUGCUUUGUAAAGCAGCUGGAGAUCCCUCACUACGGCUACAGAAACAGCGUCCCCACCGCCACGCCGCGCUCCAACCUGGCCAAGGAGCUGGAGAAGUACUCCAAGACCUCGUUUGAGUACGGCGGCUACGACGGCCACACCUACGGCAAGCGGGCCAUAGCUCCCAAGGUGCAAACCAGGGACAUAUCCCCCAAAGGAUAUGAUGCGAAGCGGCUCUGCAAAGACGGCAGCCCCAGCAGCAGCGCCGCCAGCAGCUACGCGCCCAGCAGCAGCAGCAGCCUGAGCUGCGGGGGCGGCGGCAGCAGCGCCAGCAGCACCUGCAGCAAGAGCAGCUUCGACUACACGCACGACGUGGAGGCGGCCCACAUGGCGGCCACCGCCAUCCUCAACCUGUCCACCCGCUGCCGGGAGAUGCCGCAGAGCCUGCCCGCCAAGCCGCAGGGCCUGUGUGCCGCUCGGAACCCCGACAUGGAGGUGGACGAGAACGGCACGCUGGACCUCAGCAUGAACAAGCAGCGGCCGCGGGAGGGCUGCUGCCCCGUGCUGACGCCGCUGGAGCCCAUGUCCCCGCAGCAGCAGGCGGCGAUGAGCGGCCGGUGCUUCCCGCUGAGCGAGGGCGACUGCUGGGACCUGCCCGUGGACUACACCAAGAUGAAGCCGCGGAGGGUGGACGAGGACGACUCCAAAGAGAUCGGCCCGGAAGACCUGGACCCCUUCCAGGAGGCUCUGGAAGAGAGGAGGUACCCGGGCGAGGUGACCAUCCCCAGCCCCAAGCCCAAGUACCCCCAGUGCAAGGAGGGCAAGAAGGACCUGAUCACAUGUCCAACACCAAGGUGUGAUGGGAGUGGUCAUGUGACUGGUAAUUACGCCUCACAUAGAAGUCUGUCGGGCUGCCCCCUGGCUGACAGAAGCAUCCGGAGCAUGCUGGCCACCAGCUCACAGGAACUCAAGUGCCCCACCCCCGGCUGCGACGGCUCCGGACACAUCACAGGCAACUACGCGUCCCACAGAAGCCUUUCAGGUUGUCCGAGGGCGAAGAAGAGUGGCAUCCGGAUAGCGCAGAGCAAGGAGGACAAGGAGGACCAGGAACCGAUCAGGUGCCCCGUCCCCGGCUGCGACGGCCAGGGCCACAUCACCGGGAAGUACGCCUCGCACCGCAGCGCCUCGGGCUGCCCCCUGGCGGCCAAGCGGCAGAAGGACGGGUACCUCAAUGGCUCCCAGUUCUCCUGGAAGUCGGUCAAGACGGAGGGCAUGUCCUGCCCGACGCCCGGGUGCGACGGCUCGGGGCAUGUCAGCGGCAGCUUCCUCACGCACCGCAGCUUGUCCGGCUGCCCGAGAGCCACCUCGGCGAUGAAGAAGGCGAAGCUGUCCGGGGAGCAGAUGCUGACCAUCCGGCAGCGGGCCAGCAACGGGAUCGAGAACGACGAGGAGAUCAAGCAGCUGGACGAGGAGAUCAAGGAGCUGAACGAGUCCAACUCGCAGAUGGAGGCCGACAUGAUCAAACUCAGGACCCAGAUCACCACCAUGGAGACCAACCUGAAGACCAUCGAGGAGGAGAACAAGGUGAUCGAGCAGCAGAACGAGUCCCUCCUGCACGAGCUGGCCAGCCUGAGCCAGUCGCUGAUCCACAGCCUGGCCAACAUCCAGCUGCCGCACAUGGAGGAUGGUGGAUGGUGGGGGCAAUAAAUGAGGUUUUUUGCAUUCCAAGGAAAUGGCAUAUGGAUUAACUGUAAGAAAUAAGUAAUUUAUUGUAAGACAACAUCAAGCCAUGGAAACUUGGCAGAAGAUUCAAAGCAGCUUUCACAGCACUUUUAAAUUAGCUCCUGAGCGGUGCGUGGCGCGACGCCGGGAACGCCAGUGAGGCAGGGGCUCGGGAGAGGCGGACGCCGCGAAGACUUCCCUUCCGCGCCCAGUGAACUCUGCGACGACCUCCUCGGACCUCCCCGGGAGUGGCCCGGCCCCCGGACCUCCCCGCAGGGCGGCGCGGCCUGUCCCGCAGAGCCCGCGCGCUGUCGCUCGAGCUCCGAGGUCGUUGGCGUGUUUGCUCCCCUAUCCGCCUGAACGGCUGCACUGCUCUUGUCGUCGCGGGCUCCCACUCGGGGCCGAGGGAGGCGGCGUGCGCGCCUGCGAGACGCCGGACUGAACUUCCUGCUGGACCCGGCGGCGGCGGAGCUGCCCGGGGCGGGGCCUCGG